AUGCAGCCAGUCGGCCAAUGGCAGAGGCGAUGCUCCAGCGGUUGCCAUGGAGACCGCCAGGCCGCAGAGCGGAAGGAGGCGGUGACGUCACUGCGGGAGCAAGUGCAGCUGCCACAUCCUCGUCCUAGUCGGGCCACAGGGCACUGAGGGCAACCUCUGGGCCAGCGGUGAGGAACGAGCCUCCCUGCCUGCAGGGUCCCCCAACUGCACGACACUCCGUUGGCAGUUGCCCCAGGGAGAUCAGCAGUCCCAGAUCCGGAGAGACUGUUGGGGCCUGCGAGACCUUCGGAGGCCACGCCAAGAAAGGGGAAGCAUCAUCUUGAGACCCUCCUUGGUGCAGCCUUGCCCAGGACCCGGGAGCCGCGAGUCAGGUGGCAAACACCGCCUUCUGCUUCUCCAGCAGGCGUAAGUCCCUGGGAAUCUUGGAGCCCACUCGGAGGGAGCCACAGAAGCCCCGACGUUGCACAGCCCUGCAGGCAGGGGCUGGGAGCAUCCUUCACUGAGCUGGACGAAGGGGUCCUGGGGAGCGACUUCCGGCCCCUGAGGCCUCACUCUCUCCUAGCCUUUGGGAAGGAAUCGCGGCAUCCUGGAUAAUUUCGCGGAUUCCCGAGGCAGCUCAGGUGUCCACCAGCGGGCAUACUGCUGCCUCAAAGAGUUGGGCAAGAUGCUGUUCGGCGUGAAGGACAUUGCACUGUUGGAGCACGGGUGCAAGGCCCUGGAAGUGGACAGUUACAAGUCCCUGAUGAUCCUGGGGAUCCCAGAGGACUGCAACCACGAGGAAUUCGAAGAGAUUAUUCGGCUGCCCCUCAAACCUCUAGGCAAGUUCGAAGUGGCUGGUAAGGCCUAUCUGGAAGAGGAUAAAUCCAAGGCGGCCAUCAUUCAGCUGACGGAGGACAUCAAUUACGCCGUGGUCCCCAGGGAGAUCAAGGGCAAGGGCGGUGUGUGGAGAGUGGUCUACAUGCCCCGGAAGCAGGACAUCGAAUUCCUGACCAAGCUGAACCUCUUUCUGCAGAGCGAGGGCAGGACGGUGGAGGAUAUGGCCCGGGUCCUGAGGCAGGAACUGUGUCCCCCAGCAACGGGCCCCAGAGAGCUGCCUGCAAGAAAGUGCUGUGUGCCUGGGCUGGGGGAGAAGCCGGAGGCUGGGGCCACCGUCCGGAUGGACGCGGUGCCACCUCUGAACUCCUCCGAGAAGGAGAGCAAAGCUGGAGAUGGCAAGAGGGGCAAAAGGAAGAACAAGAAAAACCGCCGGCGACAUCACGCCUCAGACAAGAAGCUGUGAGGUUUUCUGGACCAGUCAAAGUGUAUCCUGGGACUCCAGUACAAGUUGUCAUGUAAAACUGUCACCAUUUGAAGCUACUUAGCUGAGUCAAUAUAUCACUGGUAGGGCAAAUCCCAAGCAAAAAUUCACAGGUAAAUUGAAUGUGCCAGCUGUUGGAGGGCUGCAUCUGGCUUCUGUAAACCCCUGAUUUCAAAAAGGGGUUCAGCUAAAACUCUUCAUUGUUCUUUGUGAUUGAGAUGCUCUUUUGUACAAAUAUGAACUCAUAAAAUAAAUGUAUGCUAAUGAAAUCA